AUGAACGAUCAUCUUAAAAGUCGCAUCACGCCCGCUCCGUCCUCGAAGGCCUUCCACCGUCUCCUCCUCCCGUUCGGUCUGAAGGUAGGUCCCGCCUGGUUCCAGCAGUUUAUCAACGCGCAGCUUCACGAUCUCCUCGACCGGUGCGCCAGCGCCUACGCAGAUGACGUCCUGAUCUACUCGGAUAAAGAAGAAGACCACUGGAAAGACUGUCAAGAAGUGAUCUGGCGACUCCAUCAGGCCAACCUCCAGGGAGACAUCAAGAAGUCUAGAUUUAACGUGACCAAGGUUGACUACCUCGGCGUUCUGCUUGAAGCCGGUGUGGGCCUUAGUGUCGACCCUCGGAAAGUUCGAUCGAUACAAGACUGGAAGUUUGAAGACCUCCGAGACCGCACCGCGAUCCGAUCAUUCGUUGGCCUAUGCAACUUCAUCCGUGUUUUCUGCUACCACGCCUCCGGAGUGGCAGAACCCUUGAACCGGUUGCUUAAGAAGGAUGUUGCCUUUGUGAUGGGCCCGGAGCAACGCGAAGCAUUUGAUCAACUCAAGCGCCUGGCUAUCGAAGCCCCGGUCCUCGCCUUCUUUAGACCAGAACUGCCGACCCGACUGGAGACCGAUGCCUCCCGGAAUGCCACAGCUGGUACCAUGACCCCGGCCGAGCGAGCCUACCCAAUCCAAGAUCGAGAGCUCCUCGCCGUCGUACAGAGUCUAGAGCACUUCUACCCAGAGCUCUUAGGCCAGAAGUUCGAUGUGAUCACCGAUCACGAAGCCUUAGUCCAUUUCUACGAAGCGCCUGCUCUCGGUACGACAGAUCAGAUGGUCCGACUUUCUCGCCCAGUUCGACAUCCGUUUCUCUACCGCCCCGGUCGACUGAACGUAGUCGCCGAUGCCCUCUCCAGGAAGACAGCGGAGCUCCCUACCCAGACGCCCGAUCAAGACCGCCCAGAACUAGACCCGAACUCGGUCCCGAAGGGAGCCGAACUCGUUUCGUUGAUCCGCCAAGAGAACCUCCUCCAAGACCUCGGUACCCAUGGAACACAUCUGGUCGUACCAGCCCAGACCUCAGACAAGCAGACGUUUCUUCAGACCGCGCUCAUUCGCGAAACCCACGAACCCCAGAUCUUCGCUCACGCCGGACAGAACAAGGUGAUCAAGCUGCUCCAACGAGACUUCUACUGGCCAAGGAUGAAGGAGGAUAUCCGUCGUUAUAUUCGGAACUGCCACGACUGCCGCCGCAACAAAACCCCUCUGCAAGCUAAGCCGGAUUAUCGCCACGCUCCCAGGAAAGAAAACGAUACGGCAGAAGUCUUAGCUAGCCGCUACUUCCGCUACCUCUAUCGUUUCUUCGGUAUGCCCUCCAUCGUCAUGGAAGCUCCCUACACCCUCAGACCCAAGGGUGUAGAAGUUACAAAUCAAUACCUAGAUCAAAAGCUACGAUUCUACGUGACGAAGCAUCAAGAUAACUGGAGUUCCCUGCUGCCCGCCCUCGACUUCGCCCAUAACUCGUCUUGGCACUCUUCCAUCGACAUGGCACCGUUAAAAGUAGCCCUAGGCCGAGAUAUCCGGAACCCCCUGUCACUGCCCCCGACUGACAAGACCGCUGCCACCGGACCCGCCGCCAGAGCUAGGGAACUUGUGCAGACCGCCCAGGAAACCCAGGAAGACGCCAGGAAUGCUGCCACCGCCGCUCAAGAACGUCAGAAGGAACAGGCUAAUAGGAAACGACGACCAACCGACUUUGCCAUCGGUCCGUUCGUAAUCCUGGAAGAACGCGGUCAUAGCUACGCACUGCAGCUGCCCGAGUCGUACAAAAUGAAGAACCUAUUCCACGCCGACCGUCUUCGAAAAGCAGCCGAUAACCCCUUGCCCCAGCAGAUCCAGACACCUCCGCCACCCGAGGAGAUCAACGGAGAACCUGAGUGGGAGGUUGAUCAAGUCCAGCAGUCUCGAGUAACCGUCCUCUGCAACCGACUUAGCUUUCUAGCCCGUGAGGAUGUCAAGCACCUAGAAACGGCCGCGCAGAUCCUCCAAGCCAUCGAGGCGCGCUACAAGCCCAGUGGCAGCGCUUGCUUCCAGGAGCUGGAUAAGAAGUACAUGGACCUGACUCUCGAUGUCUGUACUGAUGUCAUGGACUUCGCCGAAAAACUCCGACAAGCCCGCUCAGAGCUGCUAGAGCUCGACGUCUCUUGUCAAAUCGGGGAACCCCAGUUCAUCAGCAAGUUCCUCACAGGGCUAGGUCCAGCCUACGAGGUGUUUCUCACAGCAUUCUAUCAGCAACACAACCUGCUGCCAAAGAGGGACCUUGCUGGAGCGGUCAAAAGACCAGCAGUCUCCUUCGAAGAAGCCAUCGCCGCUGCUGAACACGAAGAACAGAGCCAGAAGCAACGAGGCGCCACCGCCGGUCAAGCUCUUGCCAUGACUCGGAGAGACAGAGACGUGCCCGUCUGCACCCACUGCAAAAGGAAAGGACACACCGUGGAUAAGUGCUUUAGAGUCCAUCCAGAGCUCAAGGCCGACUUCGACAAGAGACAUGCAGAGAGACUCAAAAAGAAACAGGAUCAUCGCGGCAGGCAGGAGCCCACUACAUCUUCCACUACACCUUCCAUCACAGAUAUCCAGACCGCCCUAGCCUACUUGCAAGGUCAAGCCAAUGACCAACCACAGUCGCAGUCACAGGCUCUUGCCAACCUCGCUAUGCCCCGUUUCACCUUCCCAUGCACGAUACACCUCGCCCCUCCUGGUGCUGCCAAUCCAGUGGGAGUGCGUGAUGAUCUGGAUCCGGCAGCACUGGCCGCUCAGCACACGCUGCUUUCACAGAUCCACAUCCUCGACACAGGCGCCUCACAGCACAUCUUCUGCCGCCGAGGCAAAUUCGGGCCCUUGCUCCGUACACUGGUCUUCCUACGCAGGGGCCAAGGGAGCCCAUUCCUGCCCAUGGGCGCCGGCAGCUAUGACCUGCCAGUGAAGGGGUGCUGGAUCCUUGGCAAUGGCGAGCACGCUGCCAUUGUUAAAGGCGGCCAGAUCGUGCUGACGGCCACUGUGGCUAAUGCUACUGAUGAAAUCAGGCGUCAUAGCGACCCAGCUGCCCUCGUCACCUCGCAGGUCCAAAAUCCCAACCUACGCAUCUGGCACGAGAGACUGGCCCACCUCAGCGAGCGCAACAUCAAGAGGCUGCAAGGGAUGUCCACUGGUCUGCGACCCCAAUCGCCACAAGACCCGUGCGAGGCCUGCGCUAUUGGCAAGAUCAAGGAAGGAUCUCAUAGGCACUCUAUUCGAAAGGGAACCUGGCCGCUAGAAAGUCUGCAUAUUGACAUCUGUGGGCCGUUUCCGGACACUGGAUACGACGGCAGCAGAUACUGGGUGGCCAUCCUAGACGACUACACUCAGUACGGAUGGACCUUUAGCGUGGCCACCAAAGACAGCCUCUUCCCGAUCUUCCAGGCGUUCCUUCAGAAGCAUGAGACGCCUACCAGGCGAUGCCUCUACGUGCGGAUGGACCUAGGAGGUGAAAAUCGCUCCACGCUGCUAGAUGCCUUCUGCACCGACAAGGCGAUCGAAGUCAUCUACGCCGCCACGGAACAGCACCAGCAAAACGGGGCCAUUGAGGUCUUCCAUAGGGUCCUAAGCGAGAAGCUCAACCCUACGCUAAUUCGGUCCGGCCUCGAGCGCAAAUGGUGGCCCUACGUACUCCAGAGCAUCACCUACGUCCGCAAUUUGUCUCCUACAGCCAAGUUACCUAUCACACCAAUGCUGGGGUACCAAGGGCACUGUAACUACAUCCUGCUUGAUAGCAGCAACAGGGUCUUCGUGUCUCCCAACGUCAUCUUUGUCGAACACGUCGCCAAGCCUACGGUCUCUGAAAGACAGCCCAAGAGGCCCAAGACUGGCCAAAUCCUUGACCAGCUGAUCCGGGAGGAAGGCCAGCAAGCCGAAUGUCCGCCUCGGACACUUCGCAACGGCAACAAUAGAACAGCCGACACCGCGUCUCUCUACACACCAGAAACUUCCACAGCGCUCUCGCCCGAGCCUGAAGAUAGCCAAACCUCAGAUUCCACGCGAGACCUGUCUGACAGCUCUGAAGACAACAUAGUGUCCCAUAGAGACGAGUCGGACGACAGUGCCCUGCUCGACCUGCUGGAAGAGACAAGCCCCGAACCAUCUGUUUACUCAACUAUCCAUGCCGCUGCUGAUCCGACCAGGCCGUCGGUCAGAAGGUCCACCAGACAAAGAGUUCCCCCUCUGCGCUAUGGCUAUAAUUUCGAUCACGCCUUCGCAAUGGCUAUGGCCAUCUCACAGCAAUGGGAAGACCACGAGCCCCUUGCCUUCAAACAGGCCAUGCAGUCAGAUAGCGCCAAGAACUGGCACGCCGCUAUGGCGGACGAAAUCCAGUCCCUGAAGGCCCUACGAGGGAAGUGGGUUUAUAGGCUGAAAAGAGGGACCGACGGCCAAAUCGUCCGCCAUAAGGCCAGAUUCGUUGCAAAGGGCUACGAGCAACAGGAAGGCAUCGACUAUAGCGAAACCUUCGCCUCAGUGGUCAGGCCAGAAAGCUACAGAACAAUUUUCGCCAUAGCCGCCGCUGAAGACCUAGAGAUCGAGCAAAUGGAUGUCAAGACCGCUUUCCUCUACGGGGACAUCGACGAAGAAGUCUACCUCGAGCAGCCAGAGGGCUUCGAAGACGGCACUGGCCGCGUCUGCAGGCUCAAGAAGGCCAUCUAUGGGCUCAAGCAGGCGCCUCGCAUCUGGUUCCACACCAUCACCAAGUUUCUUGAGACACUAGGCUACAGGCCCAUUGCGGCAGACGUCAGCGUCUUCGUCCGUGGCAAGAGCAUCAUUGCAAUCUACGUCGACGACCUACUUCUCACUGGAGCCUGUCCCUGCUCCCAUUACCUAGGCAUUAAAGUCACUAGAGAUAGGGCCAGGCGUCGGAUCGAACUGUCCCAGCGAGCCUACAUUGAAAAGAUCCUAAGGACCUACAACAUGUCAGACUGCAACCCAACGGACACCCCUAUGGCCGCAGAUCCGCUCCAACCACCCGCAGAGGACUGGCACGCCCCUCCCAAGGACCAGGCCGCCUAUGCCAAGAGGGUAGGCUCACUGAUGUAUGCGAUGCUCGGCACUAGGAGCGAUAUCUGCUUCUCCGUUGGCGCCUGCUGCAGACACCUUGCCAACCCAACGUCUCAGCACCAGACAGCUGUGAAACGCAUCAUGAGAUAUCUUAAGGGCACCAUUGACUAUGUGCUAGUCUUAGAGGGACCACUGCAGCCGAUCCAAGGCUACACUGACGCAGACUUCGCGGCGGACCUGCACACCCGACGAUCGACGUCAGGCUUCUUCUACAGCCUCGGCUCAGCAGCCAUCAGCUGGACCUCCAAGAGGCAGCCCUGUGUCACGCUCUCAUCCACAGAGGCCGAAUACGUGGCUCUGACCCAGUCAGCCCAGGAGGCCAUCUGGCUGCGUUCCCUAAUGAAGGACCUAAGCCACCCACAGGCUGUGCCAACAGCCAUACACGAGGACAACAAGGGCGCUAUAGAUCUGGCCAACAACCCUCAGCACCACUCUCGCACUAAGCAUAUCUCUCUUAAGUGGCACUUCAUCCGAGAGAAGGUUGCAGAAGGGACCGUCAGCCUUAUCAAGAUCGAAGGCACCAAGCAGCCUGCUGAUGGGCUCACCAAGGCCCUGCCACGAGAUGCCUUCCUCCGUUUCCGGGACUCUCUAGGCGUCAAGUCCGAUUAG